CUUUCCAGGAAGCCAAAAAAACAUACAUCUGACAGGAGGUUUCUGCCUGACCAGUUUCUUUUUUUGAUAUUGUUUUAGAUGUAGACAAAGGCAUUUGGGCCCAUUUCACCUGUUCUGCUGGAAGAUGGCCACUGCAGCGGAGGACCCCCACCUGGGAUCAGGCCCUGACGAUAGCGAAGUGUCUCCAUCCGGGAGAGAGUCAGACUCAGAUAGCAUUCUUUCGGAUGACUCGGUGCUUCCAGACUACACGCCAGAGAGAAGAAAUGGGAGUGCAGCAUCAACACUGUAUCAAGCGUGCGCCCGUAAUGAACCGGUCUCUCUGCAGACAGUGCUUGAGAGGGGGGUCACAAAAGAAGAGGCGAUGGAGCUGGACAUCAAUGGCUGGAAUGGUUUAAUGGUGGCGUGCUGUAAAGGUUUCCUAGAGAUCGUACAUGGACUUCAUACCUGUCCAUAUGUUGACAUAAAUCACCAGGACAAUGAAGGCAACACAGCACUGAUGAUUGCAUCCCAAGCAGGUCACAUCAUGACAGUGACGUAUCUCCUGAACUAUUAUCCUGGAAUAGACACAGAAAUAAGGGAUUGUAGAGGUUUCACAGCUCUCAUCAAAGCUGCAAUGACUGGCCGCACUGACGUUGUGGCAGCCCUUGUUAUGGCUGGGGCUGACAUACAUGCAGUAGAUUCCACCAGAGGAAGAUGUGCUCGGGACUGGGCCUUUAAGACAGGUCGCUACGAGACCUUGCACCGUCUCCGUCGCCUCAAUAUGCGUCCAAGAGCUGAGCAGUUCUGUGAGGGUUAUGUCCCUGAGUGGCCUGAGCUCAAGGAGAGAGUAGCCAAGGCCGUAUCUCAGAAAAUUCCCAGGGAAAAAAUUGCCCAGCAGAUCAAAGACACCUUUGGAUUCAGAUUACCUCGUGACCCCGAGGACAACGGGGUGUUGGACCACAUGGUGCGCAUGACCACCAGUGUCUACAGUCCUCUGAUUUCAACUGGAUGUCACCCACUCUGCCCCACGAGCCCUCCAGAGAUUGGCAAGAAGCGUCUGGCCGUACAAGAGCUGGUCAGCAAACAUACAAAAAAGGACCUUGAGGAAAGCUCAGUGUGCCACAGUAAUGGCUCAGUGUCGCACAUUAUCCCCACAAUCCACUCUGCGGAGUCGAUUGCUACGACAUGCUGUGCCGACACCGAGCGGCGAGGCAGUAUGCUCUCCACCAAAGCUGCCACAACUUUUAUUUCCCGGAGUAUGGGGAGGCGGAACAGCGUGUUCCCCUCUGGCUGCAUCCCAAAGAUCAAUGUAGACAGGCCAACAGAAGCAACGCCAAAGAAAGAAAAGAAGAAGAAGAGGGAAAAGGGCUAUCUGGAACCACCCAAGUGGAAGUACAAGGAGAUCAAGGAUGAGAAAAAAAAGGACAAGAAGAAGGCUGAAAAAGAAAAGUAAGAA